CGGAUGGAGCCCCCCAACGCCUUCCCGCAGCUGCAGCUCUGGUGCCCGCGGCCCUUCGGCACCUUCUCGCAGAACAAGCCAUGCCCGUCCCCCGCCGCCGCCAUCGCCGGUUCCACCCCCGGCGCCCCCCGGUGCCCCCCGGGCUGCCGCCCCUCCGAGAACACCCCCCCGGAGCCCCCCGAGCCCGGCCCCGCUGGCGCCGCCGCCGGCGCCGCCGCCGAGGACGGGCGGGUGCUGCUGGACACGUGGUACGUCAUCAAACCGGGCAACACCAAGGAGAAGGUGGCGUUCUUCGUGGCGCACCAGUGCGGCGGUGGCACCGCCGCCGGCCCCGCCGGCACCGCGGGCCGCGCCAGCACCAUGAAGGUCAAGGGCAACUGGGGCAGCGACAGCUCCAAGGCCAAGCGGCGCCGGCGCUGCCGCCACGAGCCCAAAGGCGCCACGGGCCCGCCCUGGGCGGCCGGGGACGCGCCCGAGGGUGACGACGGCGGCGGCGCCGCGGGGGACGGCGCGGACCUGCUGUCGGUGGCGGAGAUGGUGGCGCUGGUGGAGCGGCGCGCGGCGCUGGCCCUGCAGAGCCUGCCCCGCGCCGCCUGCGACGCGCCGGCCCCGCUGGUGCUGCUGGAGGCGCCGGGCGGCCCCGAGUGCCGGCGCGUGGCGGCCGCCGUGGCGCAGUUCGAGUCCCAGAAAUCCCAGAGCCAGCACCGCCGGGAGCGCGGCGGCGCCGUCAGGCCCAACGGCGUGUGCCGGGGCGGCGCCGGAGGCGGCGGCGCCGGGACGGACGGGGGCGGCAAUGCCGCGGGGCGCGAGGCCGCGGCGGCCGCCAGCGCGGAGCGGCAGAAGGACCAGAUCACCUGCGACCUGUACCGGCUGGUGAGCCCGGCGCGGCUGCUGCUGGCCGCCAAGGGGGACAAGGACGGCGCCGACGAGGCGGCCGCGGCGGCGGAACAGAGCGGCGGCAGUGGCGGCGGCGUCACCGAGGGUCCGGCGGCGCCGCGGGACUGCGCGUCCGGCUUCCACGUGGACGUGGUGGUGACGGGCGUGGUGGACCAGUGCGUGUUCUUCGGCAAGGACAGCGCCAAGCAGGUGACCGAGGAGACCGUCAGGCUGCCCGAGGAGCCGCCGCCGCCGGGACAGCUCUUCCUGCUGCCCGAGGAGCCGGCGACGGCCGCGGCGACGACGGCGGCGGCGUCGCCGGGCAAGGACGGCGGCGGCGACCCGGCGCUGUGCCGGCUGUACCGGCACGUGUCCCACGACUUCCUGGAGAUCCGCUUCAAGAUCCAGCGCCUGCUGGAGCCGCGGCAGUACAUGCUGCUGCUGCCCGAGCACGUGAUGGUGAAGAUCUUCAGCUACCUGCCCACGCAGGCGCUGGCCGCCCUCAAGUGCUCGUGCCACUACUUCAAGUCCAUCAUCGAGACGUUCGGCGUGCGGGCGGCCGACUCGCGCUGGAACCGGGACCCGCUCUACCGCGACGACCCGUGCAAGCAGUGCAAGAAGCGCUACGAGCGCGGGGACGUGUCGCUGUGCCGCUGGCACCCCAAGCCCUACCACCACGACCUGCCCUACGGCCGCUCAUACUGGAUGUGCUGCCGCCGCACCGACCGCGAGGCGCCGGGCUGCCGCACCGGCCUGCACGACAACAACUGGGUGCACCCGGCCGGGGGCGGCGCCCGCAGGGACGAGGGCAGGUGA